AUGUCUACAGGCUUAUUCAGAUCUAAACAGUUUAAACUGAAAAAAGACUUGAGACAUAUCGUUAUCUCUGGUCCAUUAAAUAAUACAGACUUACAACAACAACAGCAGCAACAACAGCAACGACAAAUACUGGCACCGGCGGAGGACUUACGCCAACAGCAGCCACAGAAAAGUCCCCCCAUAAGAAGAAGGCUAAGUGGUUUAGUUUCAACUUCAUCUUCUUCUCCUACACCCUCAACAAAACACCACCCAACUUAUUAUUCAAUUCUACAUAAAUCCCAUCACCACAAGAAUGGAAAGCACGCCGCUGACAAUGUUCCUCGCAGUAAUUACGAUGUGUACGACCCACUUCAAAUUAUACUAGUUUCCAAAUACGCCUUUGCUGCAGAAUCACCAAGAGAACUAUCAAUCAAACCCAAACAAUUUCUUCGUUUUCUUGAAAAAUGUGGCAACGGAUGGCUUAAAGUAUGUGAUUUGGAGAAUAAUCUGCAAUUGGGACUAGUCCCCGCUUCAUAUCUAGAUAUUGCGAUAAAUGAUAUAACCAGACCGAUUACUUUAGAAUGGCUUCAUGAAUUUAAAACAGACACCCAGCCCAGCAGGAAUAAUAAAAUGCAAACACCCACUGACUGUUUAAUUGAUGAAAUCUAUCAAGAUACAACUACCAAAAGAAUCUGGUUUUGUGUCAAGAUGCAAUAUGACUUUGAAAUUGUUUAUGCCAAUCGUUCAUUCAAAGAUUUUGUCAAUCUCAACAAUAGAUUGUUAAAUCACGGUUUGGAGUUGCCAGAGUGGACGCUGACAGAGCUGACCAAGAUUAAUUCUGCAGUUAUUCAAGAUUUGAAGCUUGUAUGUGUUGGAUUGAAUCAAUAUUUACAAACCAUUGUUAAACAAGCUGGAGAAGUUAAAGGAGGCUGCAAAAAUACUCUACAACAACAUUUGCAUGCAUUUAUCUUUGACUUGGGCAUGUACACAAUUUUUGGGAAAGAACAAGAUAUAAAUGAAGCCGUACAGCACGACUUAUUUUCCCAUUCUAUCCUAAUUGAUAAGGUCACUCCAGCUGCCACACGUCAUGAAUUUGACCUCAUUUCUAAGGCAUCGCUUCCUUGGCAAAAAAGCCAUCUCGAACAACAACAUCAACAACCCCAAAAGUCCCAACAACCCCCCCAUCGUCGUAAAAGUGAGCAGUUAUUUAGCACGCCCGGUAAACCCGUGUACAACUAUGAAGAGUCAGCACAAUCUCACAACACAGCCAAGACAACUACUGAACCUACUUUCAGGAAAUCGUUUAGACAUUCAACAACUCCCACAGCUACAGCCACAGCCACAGCCACAGCUACAUCGCCACAACUGCACCAACGAGCAAGACACCAAAGCAAUUACACAUACUCACCCUCUCAAUCGCCAUCGUCGGUUGCAUCUAUCACCUCUACGUCAAGAAGGUUAGUCAAGUCACGCACUACUAGCCGUGUGUUUAAAAUUCCCGAUCAACCAGAACUAGAAGCAAUUACUUCUGGCAAGAGUUGUGUCGACUCGAUACCACAGUCAAUUAGUUCUAAUACCUUGCUUAGUUAUACUUCACUAUUUGACCAAUAUGAAGGAGGCGAGGAAGAUGAAGAAGAAGAGGAGGAAACAAAGGAGGCUGAUAAAAAUCAUGGAAAUGAAGCACGAGAUUCAUCUCUGGUGUCUGGUGGUACUCAAAAAGAGCCAAGUGAAUUGGGCUUGGCUGACUUGAUAAUACAUGAGCAUAAAGUUGACACAAGCGACAAUAGCAGUAGUCACAUUACAGCUCAUUUGCCACACCAUUCUCACGACUCAUCACAAUCGCACUCAUCAUCACAUAAUUCAAGUUACUUCAAAAUUAAUAGAAGAACUGAUUCCACAUCGAAUUCCAGUGUUGAUUCGCAUCGUCUUCUGGUUGACGCUAAAGAAACGUCCAUGGACAAUAAUCACCAUUCAAAACUUGCACAUGUAAGUGAACACCAGCAGGAUCUGGAUUGUACUGGGCUGAAUAAAGACAAAUACAAAAUUGAACCACUUGUGGUUAGACCAAUUGAGUUACCACAUGCUCAUAGUGACGCAUGUUUUAUGGAUCUCUGUUACAAUGGACAUCAUUUAGAAGACACAAGAGAUGCAAGUUUAUUUUCAACUGCGCCAAAUACUCCAAUAACUCCAACUACACUUGUGGCAGAAAUGUUUGCAAUGCAUGACCCAAUGUCAUUUGAUAAACUCGAUGAACUUGAAAAGUUUGGAAAGCCACUGGCUCAUCCUCCUAAUUAUCAGAGAAAACUUUCCUCAGCAAAUGUGACUCAACCAUUACAACAGGUGUAUUCUCGGGAAUGGGAUAUGACCACCACUCCCAAAAGCAAGCCAUAUUCUAAUGAUGAGCUUGACGAUGAAAUCAAGCCGUUGAAUGUAAAGAAGAAGGCAUGGGCGAAAAAGACUGAUAAUUUAACUCAGUUGGAGCCAAUGGAACCAGAGGCGCAAUAUAUUACAAAAACGAGGCAGAACCAUCCACAUUCACAACAACAGCAGGUUCCAGAGUAUAUCAAAUUGAAGAUAUUUCUUCAAAAUUCCAGCAACGAUGUCAUUGUUCUCAGGAUAAAUCGAAACAAAUUGACUUCAAUUAACUAUGUCAAACUGAAGUUAAGUAACAAGAUUUAUCAUGAUGCCAAAUUGAUUCAUCAUUAUAAAUUGAUGCCGCUAUUAUUACAUGGCGAUGAAGAAAAGAAAACCAAAUGGGGUAAUGAUGACGAGGUGUUGCUAAAGUAUAUCAAGAAGAAGGCCAAGUGUAAUUUGAAGUUGGUUCGCAAGAUUAGUAAUACUAGAGCUCAAUAA